AUGAACAAACCUACCGUGUCAGACAAAUCGACACUCAAAGACCUCAUCAACUACAGACUACGUGUCCUGGCCCAGGACGGCCGCGUGUACAUCGGCCUCCUGCUGGCCUUCGACGCCCACAUGAACCUGGUCCUCGCAGACUGCAUAGAAGAACGGUUACCCGAACAACAGCUCAAAACCCUGCAACACGACCCCAAACACCUCCCCAAGCCCCAGAAACGCACCCUGGGACUGGCCAUCCUGAGGGGCGAGCACGUGCUCUCGACCCUCGUCGAGAGCCCCCCGACCCUGACCAAACGGGAACGCGCGCACGCCCAGACCAAGCACAAGAAGAAACAGGUGUCCAAGAAACAGCGUGCCACCAAGGCAUCUGUGGGCCGGGUGGCGUCAUCGUCGCUAGCAGCCGACGCCGCCGCCGCCGCAGCGGCGGCGGCGCGUCCGCGGCCCGGGCGGUUCCAGGCACCGCCCGGCUUUAGGAGGCGCUAG